AUGUUGUUGGCUAAUAGAUUUCAACCAACCUUCACUGAUGUUAGCCAUCUCAUCAAGAAUAGGUACAAUGUUGGAUACAAGAACGGUUCAUUCAUUGAGGGAAUGCUAAAGCAAAUGGGUUUUGAUGAGUCUAAUCUGAAGGUGUGUCACGCGCCAGAAGGAUUGGAUGAAGCUUUCUCAAAACAGAGACAAGACGGAGGUAUUUUGGCUGCAUUUGAUGAGCUUCCUUACAUUGAACUCCUACUCGCACAAUAUUGUGAUAAGUACACCAAGGUUGGAGAUAUCUACCCGACUGGUGGAUUUGGUUUUGUGUUCCCAAAAGGUUCUCCUUUGGGACUUGAAAUUUCAAGGACAAUCCUAAGUGUAAGAGAGGGUAAAGAGAAAAUGAAAAGGAUUCGAAAUGCUUGGUUCGGGAUUAAACGAAGUUGUUCGGACCAUAAUUCCUUGGGAUCUUCAUAUGGUCUUACUCUUUAUAGUUUUCGAUACCUUUUUGUCUUUGUUGGAGUUAUUUCACUGAUUCCAUUACUUGCAUACUUGCUAAGUUUUCUACAUAAAAACAAAACAAUCUUGACCUCUCCAAAUACUUCAAUUAUUCGAAAAGUUAUAAAGUUGGUGGGAAAAUUCAACGGGGAGGAUGAAAACCGCUUGAGAUACUAUGAGUACCAUGCUGGAAUCGGUAAUAAAGAACGGAGGGAAGUGCCCCCGCCCUAG